AUGGCGCAUGGCUACGCAACGAUCCUCGAAAGCGGUUACAAGGACUACAACGUUGAGCGUAUCUAUGACACAAUCGUCACAACCAUGCAUGAGAAGUAUUUGGGCAGGAAGUUCACCCUCCAAGACAAGCACGCGUGCGAGGUGGACGGCCGCAUCGCUGCGGCCGGCCCCGGCGCCCCCAGCGCCAUGCGCAGCACCGUGCUUGGGCAGCUGGUGCGAUGGCUGGCGCUGGCCCUGAGCAUUGUGCCCGCCAGGGCGAACAUCUUCUCAGACAUCCUGUGGAGCAACUGGCUGCCCGUGGUGCUGUUCGGUGCGUUCGCCGCCUACUGCGUGUACGGCGUCCUGUCGAGAACGCCCGAGCAGAUUGCUGCCAACGAGCGGCUGAUCAAGCACCUGCAGGAGGACAUGAAUGCUCCUGACGAGGACGAAGAUGCGCCGCCACCAGGGGACAAGAAGGCCGAUUGA